UGUUGGGCUGAUUUCAAGUCAAGGAUACUUUACAAGACAGCUCACAUAAGACGAACCUCCGAAAUGAAUAAGGCGGAAGGGAACGCGGCCAACGGUGACAUUACUGCCAAGGAGAACAAUCUUACAUCUUCUUCUUCUUCAACUGCUGCUCCUGAGCAUGCUGAUCACGAUGACGACGCUCGGGAUGAUGACGAUGAUACUGAGGCUACGAACGCUGUGAAUGGCGGAGCGAGCGGUGCAGCUGCCAAGAAGAAGAAGAAGAAGAAGCCGAGCAAGGCAAAGAAUGCGGCGACGGACGGAACUGCUGCUGCGGCUGCUUCUGCUGCGAGCUCGUCAGCUCAGACCAAUCCAGUUGCAGCCUCAAACGACAACCAAGAAGGCGAAGAAGGCGAUGAUGCCGAUGACGAUGACGGCGCAACGUCCACUACGACCGGUGGAGAUGCCGACAAGAAAAAGAAGAAAAAGAAGAAAAAGUCGGGCGCGGCGAAGGCUGCGAAUGGCAUUGUUCCGGGUCAAGGAACCGAAGGUGCGGCAGCUCAAACGACACCGCCGACAAUCCCCGUUCGCGUACUCUUCCCUUCGGGCGAGUACCCUGAAGGCGAGAUUUGCGCAUAUGCAGAUUCGUUGGUGCGCAUGACAAACGAAGAGGCCAAGCUGCGCGAUCGCGCAAGGCACGAAAUCCACAACGAUAUUCGCAAAGCUGCAGAAGUCCAUCGCCAGGUUCGCAAAUACGCCCAAGGCUUUAUGCGGCCGGGAAUGUCCAUGAUUGAGAUUUGCGAAAAGAUUGAAAAUUCCGUCCGCACACUCAUCGAGGAAAACGGACUGGCCGCCGGUAUCGCCUUUCCCACGGGAUGCUCGCUGAAUCACGUGGCCGCGCACUACACGCCCAAUGCCGGCGACACGACUGUUUUGCAGUACGACGACGUCUGCAAGAUUGAUUUCGGAACGCAGAUCAAUGGCCGAAUUGUGGAUUGCGCCUUCACGGUGGCCUUCAACCAAAAGUACAACCCGCUGCUCGCUGCUGUCAAGGACGCGACCAACACGGGCAUCCGCACUGCCGGUAUUGACGUGCGCCUGGGCGAUGUUGGCGCAGCCAUCCAGGAGGUGAUGGAGUCGUACGAAAUUGAACUGGACGGCAAGACCUACCCCAUCAAGAGCAUCCGCAACCUGUACGGCCACUCGAUUGACCAGUACCGCAUCCAUGCUGGCAAGUCCGUCCCGAUUGUGCGCGGCGGCGAGCAGACCAAGAUGGAGGAAGGCGAGUUUUACGCCAUCGAAACCUUUGGCAGCACUGGCAAGGGUCUGGUGCACGAGGACAUGGAGUGCAGCCAUUACAUGAAGAGCUUUGAUGCCGGCUUCACACCUCUGCGACUCCCGCGGGCAAAGCAGCUGCUCUCCACGAUCGACAAGCAUUUCGGCACGCUGGCCUUUUGCCGACGCUUCCUCGACCGCAUUGGCGAGACCAAGUAUCUCAUGGCACUCAAAUCCCUGUGCGACUCUGGCAUUGUCAACCCUUACCCGCCGCUCUGCGACAUCCGAGGCAGCUACACGGCCCAGUACGAGCACACUAUUCUUCUCCGGCCCACCUGCAAGGAGGUUAUCAGUCGAGGCGAGGAUUACUAAAGUAAUGUGCAGACCUUUUCGUCGUUGUUGUUGUUGAAGCCAACAAAGUCAAAGUCGGUGACAGACAAGAUACAAA